CACAGUGCGGAUCUGCUGUGUUUCUAUGUGAUUCUGCAUGAUGAAGGAUGUUUGCUGAUCAGCUGAACACUGAGCCAUGCUGACGGAGCUGCAGAUGGGCUGGAGACGCUCCUCUGCACCGCUUCUGAUUCUGCUUCUGAUUCUGCACUGCACUCCGGUCUGGGGCUCCGUGCUGGAUGAUCUGAUCUACAAGCGCAGUGAAUAUCAGGAAAACUGCACUCGAUUCCUCACAGCGACUCUCCCUGCUGGAACUGGAACUUUCUGCAAUGGGACAUUUGAUGUUUUUGCCUGUUGGCCUCAUUCAUCUCCUGGGGUCGUCUCUGUACCCUGUCCUCCUUAUUUACCCUGGAUCAGAGAAGGUGCUACUGGAAACGUCUAUAAGGAAUGCACCGUCAACGGCACUUGGAAAACUGAGGAGAACUCCUCCACCGUAUGGAGAAAUCAGUCAGAGUGCGAAAACCAUUAUUUUUUCAAGUCCGAGGAGGAGGAGGUGUUUCGGCAGUCUGUGCUGAGAGUCCUGUCCAUUGUGGGAUAUUCGCUGUCAUUUUCCUCUCUGUGUUUGGCUGUUCUGAUCAUGAGUCUGCUGAGGAAGCUUCACUGUACGAGGAACUACAUCCACAUGAAUCUCUUCGUAUCGUUCAUGUUUAGAGCAAUAGCAGUGAUUACUAAAGAGGUUAUAUUACAAGUCGCCUACUCAAACCUGCCCCGGGACGAAGUGGGAUGGAACAGCUACACCAAAUCUGCGAUCUCCUUCAUCUGCAAGGCGUCGAAGGUUUCUCUGGAGUAUUUUGUGGGCUGUAAUUAUUUCUGGUUGUUGGUGGAGGCCGUGUUUCUGCACACUCUGCUGUUUACCGCAGUCCUCACCAGGAAAACACUGCUGAAGAAGUACAUCUUCAUCGGAUGGGGAACUCCUCUACUGUUUGUGAUUCCCUGGACUGUAGCCAAAACACUGUACGAAAAUAAAAGCUGUUGGAUGAAUAAUAUCCGCUGGAUCUGGUGGAUCAUCAGAGGCCCGAUCACACUAUCAGUGAUUGUAAUUUUCUGCAUUUUUCUGAAGAUCAUCAGACUGUUGUUGUCCAAGUUAAAGGCAGACCAGGUGAAGUUCACCGACUACAGAUACAGUUUAGCUCGAGCGACGCUGGUGUUGAUUCCUCUGCUGGGCGUCCACGAGAUCGUCUUCACGCUGAUUAUUGAUGAAUCUGUGGAGGGAAGCAACCGAUACGCUCGAAACUUCGUGCAUCUGACGCUGAGCUCCUUCCAGGGUCUGAUAGUUGCGGUGCUGUACUGCUUCGCUAAUGGAGAGGUGCAGGCGGAGCUGAAGAAGCGCUGGCAGCUCUUGGUUACCUCCAGUAACUUUGAGGUUCACAGCUGUUUCUCAGACAUUCACCCUAAACACCUGUGGAAGUUCUCGCAGAAAAGUCCUGGGCCACACCCACAACACACAGACACCAAUGGAGAAGGGGACCACGCCCCCUCACAGCCACACCCCCUGCAGCUCGACCAAUCAGCAGAGGCGGUGGCCUGUGGGCGUAGCUCGGGCCUGGAGCUGUACAUGAGGAAGAGUCUGUCCAGCAGUGACGGAGAAAUGACCUUAGGGGAAACCAUGGAGGAGAUCAUUGAGGAGAGUGAGUUCUAGAGCCUGUAUUUACACUGCACCACUGUAAAUGGCUUCUCUACCUGUUUUUUUGUAUAUAUGUGUAUAAUGUAACGGGAUGCCUUGACAGAGCUCCACAAUUUAAGCUUAGAAAGUUCGAAACUGCCCAAGUUAUCCCCCGCUAAACUAGCCCACAUGAACAUAAAUAUUAUAGUAAUUUAGAGUAAAUACUGUCUUUAUAUAAUACUAUAGUACAGUGUAUUUCACUGUUUACAUUAUAAUCUUUCAUGAAUGCUGCAGCAUACUGUAGUAUUAACUUGUAGUUGAGUGGUUGUGUUUCAGUAGCAACAAUAUAAUCACCCCAACAGAUCAAUUACUGUAGUUAAUGUGUUUCCAUAGCAACUGUAGAAUCACCACAACAGGUCAAUUACUGCAGUUAAUGUGUUUCCAUAGCAACUGUAGAAUCACCACAACAGGUCAAUUACUGUAGUUAAUGUGUUUCCAUAGCAACUGUAGAAUCACCACAACAGGUCAAUUACUGUAAUUGUUGUUUCCAUAGCAACAAUAGAAUCACCACUACAGAUUAAUUACUGUAGUUAAUGUGUUUCCAUAGCAACUGUAGAAUCACCACAACAGAUCAAUUACUCUAGGUGUUGUGUUUCCAUAGCAACAAUAGAAUCACCACUACAGAUCAAUUACUGUAGUUAAUGUGUUUCCAUAGCAACUGUAGAAUCACCGCAACAGAUUAGUUACUCUAGUUGUUGUGUUAUCAUAGCAACUAUAGAAUCACCACAACAGAUCAAUUACUGUAGUUAAUGUGUUACCAUAGCAACUGUAGAAUCACCACAACAGACAAAUAAUUUGUUGUUGUGUUUCCAUAGCAACUAUAGAAUCACCACAGCAGAUUAAUUGAAGUACUUGAUAUAGUAUGGUUCAAAAACAUUACAGUGUUCACAAUAAAUUACCACAGUAUUUCUUUCAUGUGGGAGUUCACUGAAGGCCUGUUUCAUUUUACUGUAACAUUGAAAAACUUGUGAAUUAGCUAUUUAUACAAAGUAAACAUCCUCUGUUUUCUUAGUUAGUUGCUUUGGCUCAUGGGGUAUAACACUAUAACCAAGACCUUUUUGCAAAUCCCUAUGGAACAAAUCUUCCAGAACCUUAAGUAUGCAGUUUAUACAAUGCUAGUGGUUUUAACUGGAUUUUAUAUCAGACACCAAAUUAUUAAAUUGGUGACUGAAAAUCCAAACAUAAACCAACAUUUAUAACGUCAUAAAUGGCUUUAAACUCUAAUGUUAAAAUGCAUGAAUGUGAUUCCACAGCAUGCUAAACUGUUCAUGUUUCUAAAUAUUUCCUACAUUUUAGAGCCAGAACUUCCCAGGUGAGAGAUACUGUUUUAAAUGAAUUCACUAUUUUAUCUGCAUGAUGUAGAGUUUAUUUAUGAGGAUUAACCCCUUGAGAUUUUUGAGGGGGUUCCACAGUAUAUCACAACCACAACAUAAUAACAACAGAAGAAUACGAAUGAACAUAACUGCUCUGUUUAACAUUAUGAUGUUUAAGGGUGCUUUAUGUAGUAAGAUGCGUUUUUAUUGCCAGUGUGUGUACAGCUUAUAACCUUCCAAACAAGACCUUCCUAGGCAGUCUAUAAAAGACUGUAGACUGAUUUUAAUGUGCAAGACUCUGGAAGAUUAAAACGAUGUGUAAGGUCUUUUAGAUUGCAAGUCUUCAAAAUGCACAUUAAAAACUGAUAGAAACCCAGCUAUAUUUAUAUUUACCUUGCAUUCACAUUUGGUAAAGUGGCCCAUGGGUAAAUUAACUCUAGAUUCGUUUUUUAUAAGUCAAACUGUGUAUAAGCUUCAUAGUUUAGUACAAAUACUACACACAAGAGUAACAGCAGGACUAGUAGAAUACCAAACCUGUUUGCAUGACUGUUACAUUCUUGAGUAAAUGAUUUAUAUGCAUAAAUUUGCAUGUGAUGUCACUCACAUGAUGGUGAUGAUUGUGAACAGAAGUGACUGUGUGUUUUGUGUCAGUGUAUUUCAUGGUAUCUUAAAGGCACAGUUCACCCAAAAAAUGAAAAGGCCAUAAUUACUAAACCUUUAAGAGUUUCUUUUGUCUGUUGAACACAAAUGAAGACAUUCAGAAGAAGGCUGGAAUAAAAAACAGCUUCCAUCGGAGGAACAAAAACUCAGUGUAAGACUAAUAUGCCAGAGUUUUUUAAGGUGAACUGUCUCUUUAAAACAGAUGGAAAUGAAUGCAUUUAUGUUGGUGCUUGGAGAUUUAAGUGUCCCUCAUGUUUAAUGUUUUAUACUGCAUGUUGGCGGUAAUAAAGAAUAUUUUUUUA